UUCUCUUAACGUCUGAAUCGUUGACAGCAACAGCAAUUUGUCCGAAAGUUCAGACAGGAAUAAGCCAAUGUCGCUAACGUUGGUGUAAAAAUGAACAACCAGUAUCCAUUUAGUGAUAUCGACAGCCUUCUCUUUCAGUUUGCUCUUCAAACUCGGGAACUUUCCCAAAAGAAGAAUGAAAUCAACCAACAAAUUAAAGUUUGCAGAGCUGACAUUGCUGAGAAGAAGUCUUUCAUUGAAACAAUCCACAGAAACAUGGAGAAGCUCGAGGAAGAAAUGAGGGUGAAGCAGAACACUGUGACACAUAAUAAAGCAAAUGCAAAAAGCAUGAAGGCAACAAACAGCCUCCUUCUUCAGUAUGAGCAGACGCUGAAAGCAGAGCUGGAGAGCACAGAAGCCAGCUACAACCAUGACAUGUGGGUUCAGACUGUCUACGAAGAGCGAAUUGCAAGCUACAGAGAGAUAUACCAGUCACAUGAAGAAUAUUAUUACCAAAAUCCUCUGGCUCAAAAGCUCCUGAGGCUGCAGGCUGAAACAGAGGAGAUUGAGAGUAGGAUCAAGGCCUAUGAUGACAAAAUGACAAUGAAACAAACAGAGCUGGACCAUUUUACUGGUCCAGCAGUCAAUUCUUCUUCCAUGGAGAAACCAGACAGUGUGUCUGGCCAGCAGCCCAUAAAAGAGCCAGAGAAACUGUUAUAUUCUCAGACAGAGGUGGACAGUGAUUAUGCUAUUGACAUUUCCUCUCUACAUCUCAACCUCACAAAGGAACAGAUCGCACAGAAUGGUCAUACAGUAUCUGUAGAGGCAAAUGCUGGAGAAGAGGAACACAUGGUUGAGGAUACUGCUGCCUGUAGUCCUUACCCAGAAAAAGCAAGCAGUGAGCUGUCAUUAUAUGAACUGUUGGAUGAGCAAAGUUGGGCGGAUGAGGUGCACAAGGAUGAGCAGGAAAGGGAAACAGAAGCGCAGGACCAAGCCAUGGAACAGCAGUCUGCUGUGUCAGAGGUAGAGGAGGUGGUGGAGGACAAGGUGGAGGAAAGAGGUGGUGCAGAUGAAGAUCAGACACCAAGAGAAGAGGACAAUGAGGGACUCCCUGCUUUUCCUCAGUCAUCACCACAGGAAACUAAUCCUCAGUCCUGCCUGGCAAAAAUGAGUGUUAUACCCUCAACCCCGACUUUCCAAUUUAACUUUAGCCCUACAAGCUCCCCACAUCAAGGGUCCUCUGAUACCACAUCUCCAGCUUUCCUGUUCUCUAUGACCCCUGAUCAUAGCACGCCAGGCUUCUCUGGAUUUGGAUUUGAUGUGAGCACAUCACAGGAUGAGGCCACACCAUUUGCUUUCACUGGCUCUUUUUUCAACGAGAAGAAAACUGAAGAAUCAAAGUCUUCAAGCUGCCCUGAGUUUCUGUUUGGCCAAUCAGAGCAAAGUGAAGACUUCCAAUUUGACUUCACCUCCAAAACCCCUCAGACAACUAACAAAGAUUUUCCUUUUUCAUUCAACUUUUGAGAGUUCCAAGAAAAACAUCAAUAUGAUUAAUUUAUUUGGUUGUAAGACCAACUCCAGCUUGUUAUCUCCACUAAUGUUCUCAUGUAGAGGGGCAAUGAGGGGAAAUUUGCAAGAUGUUACUUCUCUAAUAGCAUUUUUAUUUUUCAUUCUGUUAAAUGGUUCCUAUGUAUUUGUCUGUCUAGAGUUAAUAGCUUUUUUAAAAACUAUUCACAUUACAAUGAACAUAUUUCUAACAGCAUCACCACUGAAUAACGUUUUAUUGAAGAUAGAGAUACAUCAAAAUAAUACACAAGUCCAUAUUGCUUUACAGAUUUCUCUAUUCUAAGUACAGUAUUUGGAAAGUUGAAAAUUUUUACUUUGUAAUAAACUACUUAUUGAUA